CUCCAAAAUCCAAUUUCUGCAGUUUCCUCAUUUAUUGCUUCAAACUGUUCUACCACUCAAAAGACACCUCUUUGCUCACUGCUCUCAGACAAACAUCUACCGUUUAAUCUUAAUCUAUCCAAACCUCUCAAUUUCAAUCUUUUUAUUGCUCCAACUCCAAGGUUUGUAUGCAAGUUUCUUGAUGAACAUAAAGUCUGCAGCUUGGCAAUAAGGGGAAGCUCAGCCGGUCUUCAUUUCAAGUGGGCUGUUAUUUGGUUGCAGAUGGACAGUACAUGGCCAAAUCUUAUUUUUCCGUGCUGUCACUUCUUAGUUUGUGAAAGUUGAAGUUGGUGAGAUUUCAACCUGGAAAUAUGGGGAUUGAGAAACAAAGCUCCAAGGGUGGAAAUUAUGUUGGUGGCUUUCUCCAGCUGUUUGAUUGGAAUGCAAAAUCUCGUAAGAAGUUGUUCUCAAGCAAGUCAGAUUUACCUGAGAAAUCCAAACAGCAAAAAAGAUUUGACGGAAAUUUGCCAAUGACCCGGCUUCAAAUGCUGGAUGAGGAUGAAAUUGCAGGUGGAUCAAGCAUCAAAGGAAGUAGUGAUUAUAGUUGUGCUUCAUCAGUAACUGAUGAGGACUUCCAUGGUACCAGGCCCCCUGGAGUUGUUGCAAGGCUUAUGGGGUUGGAUUCCUUGCCAAGAUCCAAUAGCCCCGACCCCUACUCCACCCCGCUUUUUGAUAGUCAAUCUCUUCCAGGUUCAUUUUACCAGAGUAAAAAUCUUGAAUAUCGUCAAGAUCCUGAAGUCAUGCAUUCCACCAGUUCGCACAAGGCACCUUACCAAAAUGAUACAGAGGCAAAAUAUCAAAUACAUAGGCCAAUCGAAAAGUUUCAAACUGAAAUCUUGCCUCCUAAAUCAGCUAAAUCAAUUCCAAUUACUCAUCACAAACUUCUAUCUCCAAUAAAAAGAACUACUUUUAUCCCACCUGAGGAUGCUGCUCAUAUAAUGGAAGCAGCUGCCAGAAUUAUCGAGCCAGGGCCUCAGGACUGUACAAAGACAAAGCUGCCUGUGGCUGGGUCCUCUGCAGUUCCUUCAAAAGUAAAGGAUCUGAAAAAGAAGGUCCGAGAAGCUCAAGAACCAUCAAAGCUUUCUGAAGGUUCUCAGAGGUCAGCUGAAUCUAGUGCUGUCAAGAACCUUGUGGGACACUCUAUGAAUAAAAGCUGGAAUGGUUCUGCGGAUGCAACAUCGGUAAGGAUUCUUCCGGAUUCGGAAGAAUCUUCCAAUGGUGCAAAACGUAAAGGAAAAUCAAUUUCACUUGCACUACAGGCAAAGGCCAAUGUUCUGAAAAGAGAAGGCCUGAGCUUGAAUAGCAGCAGAACCUUGGUUGUCCAGAAAGAAAUGAGUGAGGUCAGUCAAAACCAGGUCUUCAAAAGUCAAUUGGCAGCACAGAAGGGUGCACUUAAGAAACCUUCGAGAGAAAAUAGUUCAAAUGUGCUUCGCCAGAACAACCAGAAGCAAAAUUCCACUGUUGAUGGUGGAAAGUUGCCUAUGAAGUCCAACUUACAAGGAGGGAAAGCACUGACUGGAGACUCUUCUUCUGCAAGGCAACAAAAUUCUAGUAAACCUGUAGGCACCUCCAAAGUCAGUUAUCACAAGUUGGGGUCAGAGGUUAAAGAUGAUAAGAGACAAGUGUUAUAUUCUAGCUCAGAAAGAGUUCGUAAGAGACGAUCUAUCGAUGGGAAUUACCACUCAGAAAAAAAUCAGGCUGCUCAUAACAUGCGGAAGGAUAAAAAUGGGAAAAUUAUUCAGUCUACUGCUGUCAUGGAUACCCAAAGUAGAAGGGAUCAAGAUAGUGGAAGGAUGGGAACAGAUGUUAUUUCCUUUACAUUCACUGCACCAUUGACACGUGCAGGACCUGGCUCAGAGGGGUCUAGUUUUGCUGGGGAAACUUGUAAGAUCUUCCCAGUAGAUUCUCAAAAUAAAAGGAUACUGCUGAACUCAGAUGGUGCAGGUGCUCCAAAGUUCUCACUCCCAGGACAUAAUGUCAAAGUCGGCAACACGUUAAGCACCCUUCUAGAGCAAAAACUAAAAGAAUUAACUAAUAAAGUAGAAUUUCCCCAACAGAAAUCAGAGACAGCUCUACAUGGCACCGUACCUGGUCUGAAUGCCUUAAUGUGCUCAACCAUGCUGAAAGAAAACAAAAGCAAAGACGGAAAUGACACGGAUAGUCCCGACGACCAACCAAACUCUAGUUUGUACUCCUUAAGAGAUCCGAAGGGAUUUAUAAAUAGUCAAAAUUACCAGAUCCUGGUAGAAGAAACGAGCAUGCAUGGAAGGAGCACAUCUAUAGACAGAACAUUGCUUGAUUGCCGGCUUCCAAGUCCAGUUUCAGUUCUCGAGCAUUCUUCCUUUGCAGAAAGUUGCAAUUCUUUGGAUGCCACAGACAGUAAUAGUACAGGAGGUGGUAAGCAUUGUUCAUCAUUUCAAUUUCACGACAUACUUGGUGGGUAUUCCAUGAGUACGUUCCUUCCAUUUGAAGGAGAUGCUGAGUUAUUGGACUCAGCUUCUUCAUCUUCAGCUGGAACCAUGGUAAAAAGGCAAGAGACCACCUUAACCUUGCCUUAUUGUGGGAAGCUUGGAGGUUGGGAACUCAAGUAUGUGAAAGAGAUGGUGUCUAAUAUAGAGCCGAUGUUCAAGGAUUAUGCUUUGGGCAGGGGUUGUGAGAUCAUAAACCCUCGUCUUUUUGAUCAGCUUGAAAGUCGUAAAGGACAUUUCAGUGGUUGUGGGGUGGUUGCAAGAAUCAACAGAAGGCUUAUGUUUGACUGUGUGAGUGAAUGCUUGGACCUGAGGUGCAGACUGUAUGUGGCAGGAGGAAGUAAAUUAUGGGAUAAGGGCCUCCGGGUGGUUAAGAGAAAGGAAAAACUAGCUGAAGAUGUCCACAAAGAGAUUUCUCGUUGGAGUUGCAUGGGAGACUUUAUGGUUGAUGAACUUGUAGAUAAUGACAUGAGCAGCCAACAGGGGAGAUGGCUGGACUAUGAAACUGAAGCAUUUGAACUUGGGAUAGAGAUUGAGUCUGGAAUUCUUGAUUCUUUGAUUGAUGAAGUGGUUACUGAUAUAUUGGCGCUUUAACCACUUGAAACUCAUAAGUUAAUCAUCUUGAGAGUUUUUUGUUCUGAGUUUAUAGUUUGAUUGGAAAUAUAAGAAAACAUUUCAUAGAUCCUAAUUCACUUAACCUUCUGCAAUGCAUUCUCAUUUCUCUGAACAAGAAAGUUUUAGUUUAAUUGAGUGUUGGCCUAAAAGUUCCGCAUGGAGUGUGCUGAGAGUAAUGUUGAACUACUAAAAGCUA